AUGUUGGAGGCAACGGUUUCAUUUUCCGGAGAGAUGAACAUCAUUGUUGGACUUGAAGGUUCCAAUUUCUGGAGAGAGAAUGCGGGAGAGAGAGGGAUCGGGGAAGAGAAUGGGGUAUCGGACCUCUCGUCAUUGCCGGAAAGUUGCAUAUCGGAGAUCAUAUCCUUGACAUCACUCACGGACGCAUGCAGAGCAACAGCGAUCUCAUCGGCGUUCAAGUCAGCUGCUGAUUCCGACACCGUGUGGGAGAAAUUCCUGCCGUCUGAUUAUACGGAAAUCCUAUCGAGGUCCGUCACUCCGGUAGUAUACUCCACCAAAAAGGAACUCUACUUUCGCCUCAAUGACACUCCAAUCCUCCUUGAUGGAGGCAAUCUGGUAAAUCAGUAG